GCUGAGAUGGAAUCACAUAUUCCGUCGCACAAGCGCAUGAACAUCGAGGCGUUCUCAGCGUUCAUUGUGGAUCACGUACAUGCGGAUCCCGCCCUGGAUGAGUUUUACCAGGAUGAGAUUCACGUCGCUCGCAGAUUCAAGGCGUUCUCACUGCGGCAAAAGUCUGAGAGCAAGCUCAUCAAAAACAUGCGACGCCUGUAUGGAAAGCAUUUUUCGGUCAUCUUGGGUGAUUGGAGCGACGCUGGAAAAACCAUGCGCUUUCAGGAGUCAUCAAAGACCAAAGGAUUCCGCACACUCUUUGCGAGAAACGGCAUUCCAUGCUACUUGCUGGAUGAGUAUCGAACGUUGUCCGUGUGCCCACACUGCCAUGGGCGUGUGAGGAAAAACAUCCGACGCCGGCUGUCACCUCGGCCGUGGCAAGCUCAAAAGGGAAGAAUGGAAUUCGUCCAUGGAUUGGUGGGUUGCCCCAACCCCGAAUGUAUCAACCAAGACUGGACGCCAUUUGAGAUUCCUGGAAGACGACCACUACGACUACGGAUGAAAGUGCACAAUCGGGACAUCCUAAGCACCAAGAAUUUCGUCUCGAUUGUGCGUUCGGUGGUGUUUGGCGAUGGCCGCAGACCAGACGCAUUCUCCCGUAACCGGUAGUCUAGAAUUUUCACCCUAUUCCAUUUUCCGUGGUGGUUAUCUGCCAUCCACAUCAUGGUACCUCUGCCUGAGGCGUCGCCGAUGAUGGCAACUUGUA